AUGUCUUGGGCAGGUGCGCAGUAUACUCGCUUCAAGAAGAAUGUAAACCGCGCUACGACGCAGGUAAUGAUGAAGACGGGGCAUGUGGAGAGAACCAACGACCGCGAUUAUGAAAUCGAAGAACGGCGAUACCGGACCAUGGAGGCUGCUGCAAACCGAUUACAGAAGGAGGCCAAGGGAUACCUAGACUCACUGCGAGCCAUGACGGCUUCGCAGAUGCGGAUCGCGGAGACGAUAGACGCUUUUUACGGUGAUGCUGGGGCCAAAGACGGCGUGAGCAGGAGUUACAAGCAGGCUGUCGAAGACCUUGAUGCCGAGACGAUCAAGGCGCUCGACGGACCCUACAGAACAACUGUCCUCGACCCCAUUUCCCGUUUCUGUGCGUACUUCCCUGAUGUCAACGAGUGCAUCAAGAAGAGGAAUCACAAGUUGCUCGACUACGAUGCCAUGCGGGCCAAGGUGAAGCGGCUGGUCGAGAAGCCCGACAAGGACGCUACCAAGCUGCCUCGCACUGAGCGAGAACUGGAGAUGGCCAAACAGGCAUACGAACAGCUCAACGAGCAACUAUUCACCGAACUUCCUCAACUCAUUGACCUGCGUGUCCCGUACCUCGACCCGAGUUUCGAAGCCUUGGUAAAGAUCCAAUUGCGUUUCUGUGCGGAAGCAUACUCCCGUAUGGCUCAAGUGCAGCAGUAUCUCGACGCUGAAACGAGGGAUCAAUACGCGCGCGGUGACCUGGAUAACAGGGUAGAGGAGGUCCUUCAGGAGAUUCGGGAUUUGAGCAUAGCGGGUACUGUUUAA